AGAAGAAAUAUGACGUUUUCAGGAGCACAACUUAGAAGCUAACAGGCUAACAAGCUCAUAUAUUUGAUAUGUGUUAAUAUAUUUAGUUUAUAUUUGAGACGAAUGAAGAGAAACAAGAAGUGUUAAAAAUGUCGGAAGUUAAGGUGAAGAAGGAGCCGAACCCUUCAGAAUCCACUGACAUUGAAAACAGGAUCAAGGAGCUGUGUCAGCAGUUUCCUCAUGGGAUCACGGACCAGUUGAUCCAGAACGACAUGCCUCAUCUGGAGCCCCAGCAGAGAGCCAUGGCCAUCAACAAACUGCUGUCAUUGGGUCAGCUGGAUCUGCUGAGGAACAGCUCAGGUCUCCUGUACAGAAUGAAGGACUCUCAGAGUGCCAGCAAGAUGAAAGGCUCAGAUAGUCAGGAGAAGCUCGUCUAUCAGAUCAUCGAGGAUGCUGGGAACAAAGGAAUCUGGAGUAGAGAUAUCCGCUUUAAGAGCAACCUUCCUCUGACUGAGAUCAACAAGAUCCUGAAGAACCUGGAAAGCAAGAAACUCAUCAAAGCCGUCAAGUCUGUAGCUGCAUCUAAGAAGAAGGUCUACAUGCUGUACAACCUGCAGCCUGACCGCUCUGUGACAGGCGGAGCCUGGUACAGCGACCAGGACUUUGAGUCAGAGUUUGUUGAGGUUCUCAAUCAGCAGUGCUUCAAGUUCCUGCAGAGUAAGGCAGAUGCGGCGAGGGACAGUAAACAGAGUCCCAUGGUCCAAAGGAACAGCUCCUUCGCCACCUCACAUGAAGUCUGGAAAUACAUUUGUGAGCUGGGAAUUAGCAAGGUGGAUCUGUCCAUGGAUGACAUUGAGACCAUCCUUAACACACUCAUCUACGAUGGGAAGGUGGAGAUGACCAUCAUUGCUGCCAAGGAGGGCACUGUGGGCAGUGUGGGUGGGCAGAUGAAGUUGUACCGCGGUGUCAAUGCCAUCAUCCAGCCCACAGGUCUAGUGAAGACGCCGUGUGGACUCUGCCCGGUGUUUGAAGAUUGUCAUGACGGUGGUGAAAUCUCUCCGUCCAACUGCGUCUACAUGAACGAGUGGUUGGACUUCUGACGGUGACCUAACUCCGAAGAACUGUUUAAAGUUGUUUUUGUUUUGCUUCUUCAUCACAAAGUUUAGUAAAGU